UCUUGGCGGAUUGGUGUUAGGGGGAAGAGUCGUUCGCGGAGCAGUGGUUGAGAGGAGUGUGGUGAACCUUCUCCCUCUGACUGAAGUUAGUAUGAGAUACACCGUAUCCGAACUUCGUUUGCAGACCACUACAGUACGCAAAGGCAGUGUGUUGGCGGCUGUGUGGUUUAUCAGGGUGCCGAUGUUGUUCCGUUGCGAAAGCUUCACCGACUGCAGACCGAUUGAGAGCCGACGCUUGACGAAUUUGGGAAGUCCUGCUGACGCGCCUUCUGAAGCGUUUGGAGCGGUUGGUCAUGCAAGACAUUGGCAAGUGCAAACAUUCCCACUGAGCCGCUUGAGCAAACUACCUCAGGAACGGAAACUGAGCCAUAACGUCAAAGGGAGAAGCUGCACAGGCGUACAGACGUGCACACGCGGAAAUAUGGAGUACCAGAAGUUCAUGGGCCAUUAUGAAGGAAAGACCUUCAGAGCCAAAAAGCAGUUCUUCCAAGGAACGAAGCGGGACCAAAUACAAAAGUACAUUGUGAAAACGUUAGGUGGAAACGAUAUAUGGGCUGUUGUGGAAGUUCCACCAAAUACCAGCCGUGAGGAGUGGAUCGCUGUGAACACCGUGGACUUCUAUAACCAAAUAAACCUGCUAUAUGGUUGCAUAUCGGAGUACUGCACGCGGGAAUCGUGUCCGUCGAUGACAGCGGGGCCCAGAUACGAGUAUCUCUGGGCGGACGGUAUAACGAUUUCAAAACCCAUCAAAUGCUCAGCCUCGGAGUACGUAGAGCAUCUAUUGGCAUGGGUGGACACUCAACUCGAUGAUGAGAACACAUUCCCACCCACAGACUCCUUCCCACCACAUUUCAUGCCGACCGUGAAGAAGAUCUUCCAGCGGCUGUUCCGGUUCUAUGCGCAUGCAUAUCACAAUCACUUGAAGCAACUGGAAGAAGUUGGCGAGGACCGUCAUCUGAAUACAUGCUUCAAGCACUUCAUCCUGUUCGUCACAGAGUACGAUCUGAUAGAUUCGAAGGAAUUGCAGCCAUUACAGUCGAUAGCAAAUCAGAUAUUGGAGCAGAAUCCGAGACGGCCGGCCGGCACUCUGCAUGUACAGUAGUUAGACUCAUAGAUACCAUAGGGUAAACAGUUUUGCUGAACAAGGAAGACGUCAAGACCGGCUUGAUCAAGCCUGGGCGUAGUCAGCUUUUGAGAAGAGCUUAGAUACUGUAUAGCUUAGACUAAGGGUCGGCGUCCUCAUG